CUUUUGCUUUCUUUGUGAUCCAAGACAAAUUAACCACCAAUCCGUCCCCAUUGCGUUUCAGGCCAAAGCUGAAACCUUCCCAUCUGAAAAAUGGGCCAUAAUAAAGCAUAUUGUUGCUUACUGUUGCUAUUCAUGUUAACAUGCCUUGUUGGAGCAUCAUGGGGUGAAACUGAGGCCACAAUCCUUCUUAGGUUUAAGAACUCUUUAUCCAAUCACGAAUCUGCGCUUUCAGAUUGGAAUGACUCGGCGCCAAGUCCAUGCACUGGCGACAAUUCAAAUUGGACAGGUUUGCGCUGCAGCAAUGGGACAAUUUUUGGACUGAGGCUGGAGAGUAUGGGUCUAAUGGGUGUAAUUGAUAUAGACACACUUACGGAAUUACCGCUUUUGCGUACCUUAAGCUUUAUGAACAACAGCUUUGAUGGGCAAUUGCCUGACGUAAAUAAACUUACUUCUUUGAGAGCCUUGUAUUUGUCAUACAAUCGUUUCUCCGGUGAAAUACGUGAGAAUGGUUUUGCAGCCAUGAAUUCUUUGCAGAAAGUGUAUCUGGCACGAAAUAACUUCUCUGGUAAAAUUCCAAAAUCACUAGCUGCAUUGCCAAGAUUGUCCGAGUUGAGUCUUGAGGGGAAUCGUUUUGAAGGAAAGAUACCGGAUUUUCAACAGAAGGAUCUGAUUAUGGUUAAUCUAGCUGAUAACCAGCUCGAGGGUCGGAUACCAGAUAGCUUGACUAAGAUGAAUUCAAGUUUAUUCGCAGGGAACAAAGGUCUAUGCGGAAAGCCUCUGCCACAAUGCAAAUCCUCAAAGAAGCGGAACAUCAUAAUAAUCACCGUCGUAGCUGGCUCUGUGGUUUCCUUAGCUGCCAUUGCCGCUGUUUCUUACAUCCGUAGUGGGCCAACCACAACAUCCCAAGUCAAAAACUUCCAAGAGAAAAACGCUGGUAACAUUGUGGGCCGGAAAGAAGCUCAAUCAUCUAAUCAUUACAGAAAAGCUGAAAAUGCAAAACUGUAUUUUAUCAGGAAUGAAAGGGGGAGGUUUGAGUUGCAAGACCUGCUUAGGGCCUCUGCUGAGGUUCUGGGUAGUGGGAGCUUUGGGUCAUCUUACAAGGCUGUCCUUUUGGAUGGGCGUGCCAUGGUUGUGAAGAGGUUUAGGCAAAUGAACAAUGUAGGCAAGGAAGAAUUUCGUGCGCACAUGGGAAGACUUGGAAUGUUGUUCCACCCUAACCUGCUUUCCCUUGUGGCAUUCUAUUAUAGAAAAGAAGAGAAGCUUUUGGUGUCUGAUUUUGUUCCAAAUGGCAGCCUGGCUGGUCAUCUUCAUGCUAGGCGUGCGCCAGAUCAGUCAGGGCUUGACUGGCCGACUCGCUUGAAGAUCAUCAAAGGAGUAGCAAAGGGCUUGGCUUACCUCUACAAAGAGCUUCCUAGCUUGACACUACCCCAUGGACACCUAAAAUCCUCCAAUGUGCUUCUGGAUCAUAACUUUGAGCCCCUUUUGACAGACUAUGGAUUAAUGCCCGUUAUAAACAAAGAGCACGCUCAGCAAUUCAUGGUGGCCUACAAGUCCCCAGAGUUCACGCAAUACGACCGCACAACAACAAAGACGGAUGUAUGGAGUCUUGGAAUACUGAUUCUUGAACUGCUGACAGGUAAGUUCCCGGCCAACUAUUUAAAACAAGGAAAAGGUGGCAAUGUGGAUUUGGCAACUUGGGUCAACUCUGUUGUGAGAGAAGAAUGGACAGGAGAGGUUUUUGACAAGGACAUGAAGUCGACUAAGAACGGGGAGGGUGAGAUGUUGAAGUUGUUGAAGAUUGGGAUGUGUUGUUGUGAGUGGAAUACAGAGAGGAGGUGGGAAUUAAAAGAUGCCGUGGAAAAGAUUGAAGAGUUGAAGGAAAGGGAUAGUGAUAUGGAAGACUGCUCUUCAUGCGGCAGUGAAGGAGACGCGUACUCGUCGAGAGCAAUCACUGAGGAUGGUUUUUCUUUCUCUGUCAAUGGUUGAAAGCCAGCCUACUUUCAACUAUAACUUGAGAGGGAUAACGUUUUAAUUAAUUUGGCGUUGUAGAUAUCCUCCAACUGCUCAACUUUCAAGAAUUUGCAUACUUAGUAUCUGUACGUAGCAAGUGUCCAUUAUCUAUAUAUAUAUCAAUUGAAUGGUGGGAAAUCUGUCAUAUUUUUCAAUUUAAUCUUAUUUCUUUUCUUGCAA